AGCAACAGACAGUAAACAAACCGUUGCAGGUUGUCAUUGACAGAUCUGGAGAAUGACUCGUGUUUACAGUGGGAAAACAAUGUAAUGCACCAGCACGAGAUGUCUACUUGUUCUGUGUUUGAUGGUGCAGUCUUCAUAUCAUCCGAGAUGAAGCUUACAGAGGAUUUCAAGCGAGACACGCACCCCGAUAAAGUGAAUCUAGCUGGGAGGGAGUAUGUUGGAGAACAUGGACACACCGCAUGGCUUCCUCUUGUACGAAAAAUUAAGCAGCAAAUUGCCACUGACCCGACUCUAACCCCAGAGUACCCACCUAUCCUUGGGAUCCCAGAAUUCACCCAGAGAGCAACCGAACUAGCAUUGGGCAAAGAUUGCCCCGCCAUUGUUGAAAGCAGGGUGUUUGGCGUCCAAACAGUUGGAUGUACCGGAGCAGUGCGCUUGGGCGCUGAGUUACUGAGAUCCUGGUACUGCACAAGUUCUUCCUGGAGUGGACCAAUCUUGCUCUCCUCUCCCUGUGAUGACUCACUGACAGACACCUUUAAGGCAGCAGGGAUUGAGGAUGUGCAACAUUAUCGGUACUGGGAUACAGAAUCCAAUGCUGUGUGUGUGGAAAACAUGGUGCAUGACUUGGAGAAUACUCCGGAACGGUGUGUGGUGGUCCUGUUUGCUUCAGGCCACCAUCCCACUGGUGCAGAACUCUCUCAAGAGGACUGGAAACGUGUAGCUGAGGUCAUGAUGAAGCGGCAGUUGUUUCCCUUCUUCUUGAUGUCUGCCCAAGGCUUGUGCAGUGGUUCACUUGAGCAAGACGCCUGGGCUGUUCGUCAUUGUGUGUCUUUGGGGCUUGAACUGCUCUGCGCUCAAUCUUUUUCUUACAGCUUUGGCCUCUAUGGUGAGAGAGUGGGGCAUCUUCUCUGCGUGUUAAAGCAGAACAUGCUGGCCGUGCAAUCUCAAGCUGAGAAACUCGUUCAGACUCUUUGGUCUUGCCCACCGAUGGAAGGGGCCAGGGUGGUUGCCACUAUAUUAAGUAAUCCUGCCCAUUUAGUUGAGUGGAAGGAGGGUGUGAAGGGCAUUGCUGAACACUGCAUGCUAAUCCGAGAACGUCUGCGUGAGAGACUGAGGCUUUUGGGUGGUCCGGGGCGUUGGGAUCACAUAACAAAACCUGGGGGGCUUUAUUGCUGCUUUGGACUGAAUGCUCAACAGGUGGAGUUUCUGAUUCAAAGGAAACACAUCUACUUGUUACCCAACGGGUGUCUAAACGUUAGUGCCAUUAACAGCCGUAACCUAGACUAUGUUGCCGAAUCCAUCCAUCAAGCCAUGCACUCUCAACUCUGAUCUCACAUCAUACUCAAGCUUACUUAAACCCUUCAUCUGCGACAUGCUUUUCAUCAGUGCGAAUGUUUGUCUGAAUCUUAAGUAGGUAUAUUUAAAAUAUAUUCAUGCAGUGUACUGAGCACAGUAAAACUUUUGAAACUUAGGCUUAACUUUUAAUGAAGGCUGUAAUGCAGGCAGAGCUGCAAUAGAUUUUACAGUUUCCCUGUGCUUGAAUACUGAAGCCAAUAUUGCGCGUGUGUGUGUGUGUGUGUGUGUGUGAUAGGACAUACUGUUUUUUUUAAUAGAGCCGAAAGAAGUAAGAAAUUAAGAAAUAAAAGAACAUCUGUAUCACCCGCACCCUUGUGUGAUGCCACUUAUCAAGCAACAUUCUCCUUUUUCCCUCCCAUACAACACUCAGAAGUGUGUUAAUUAGCAAAUUCUCACAUCAGUAUCCUAAACAUUUAAUGGCAUGUCUUACCAUUUUUCUCAUCUAAAAUAAACUGUAUUAAGCAUAUUUUUG